UCGGAGGACAACUUGAUCCGGAGUCUCUCUUGUUUGCUGAGAUAUCAGUGUGGAUCUGCGAGUCGGUGGGAAUUAAACGGGAUGACAGAUGACCGAUGAGCAAAAAGGCUUUCCCCGCUGAUGGCAGUGAUGGAGAACGCGACAUGGCCUCACUCCACGUACGUCCCCCACUAUCUCCUCCAUGGUGACCCUUUCGCCUCGAGACUCUCCAGAGAGGCCGACAUCAUCGCAGCCUUUUACAUCUUUAUCAUAGGAAUCAUGUCGGCAACAGGGAACGGCUACGUUAUUUAUAUGACCAUCAAACGCAAGACCAAGUUGAAGCCUCCGGAGCUUAUGACCGUUAAUUUAGCCAUCUUUGAUUUCGGGAUAUCAGUGACAGGAAAGCCCUUUUUCAUUGUAUCAAGUUUCUCCCACCGCUGGUUGUUCGGUUGGGAGGGCUGUCGGUUCUACGGCUGGGCGGGUUUCUUCUUCGGCUGCGGGAGCCUCAUCACCAUGACGGUGGUCAGCCUGGACCGGUACCUUAAGAUCUGCCACCUCCGAUACGGAACUUGGCUAAAACGCCACCACGCCUUCGUGUGCCUGGCCUUCGUGUGGAUGUAUGCAGGCUUCUGGGCCACCAUGCCCCUGGUCGGUUGGGGGAACUACGCCCCGGAGCCCUUCGGCACCUCCUGCACGCUGGACUGGUGGCUGGCGCAGGCCUCCGUGUCCGGCCAGAGCUUCGUCAUGUCCAUCCUGUUCUUCUGUCUCGUCCUCCCCGCCGGCAUCAUCGUCUUCUCCUACGUCAUGAUCAUCUUCAAGGUCAAGUCCUCCACCAAGGAAAUUUCGCACUUUGACGCCCGCAUCAAAAACAGCCACAACCUUGAGAUGAAACUCACUAAGGUGGCGAUGCUGAUCUGUGCAGGCUUCUUGAUAGCCUGGAUCCCUUAUGCAGUCGUGUCGGUGGUGUCAGCGUUUGGCGAGCCAGACUCAGUGCCCAUCCCGGUGUCUGUCAUUCCCACGUUGCUGGCCAAGUCUGCAGCGAUGUACAACCCAAUCAUCUACCAGCUUGUGGACCUGAAAAACUCAUGUUCAUCCUGCUGUUUUAAGGUCAUGAAGAAACGUAGGCAUUUUAGAAAGUCAAGGUUUUACACCAUCUCUGGCUCAUUAAAGGACACACAACCAGCCAAAGAGGCUCACAUUGAGAUGUGAGACAAACACUUUAGACUGUGUGACCUCCUUACCUCUUCAAGCGUUGGACAUCUUGCCUUGUUCCCUGCCCUCCGUGCCCUACACUUAACCAAUCACACGCUGCCUCUCAUCCAGUGUAACGUCAUCAACCACUCAUCCUUGUUGCCAGUGGUUCCCGAGUCUUGCAUCUUGGCUGCAUGUCCGUGUGCUCCCAGCGUCCUCUUCCUCGGAAACGCAUCUUUCCCACGAGGUUUUCCUUAAUCUGUGGAUUUGCGUUGUCGUUGCAGUGGUUACAACAUACAAGUGAUGUGAUGUGUGAGUUUCCUGACUUAGUUUUUUCCAGUAUUAAAGACACCCCGACACUGCCGAUGCGACGAGCGAACAGCACGUGUUGCUGAUCGACUUUUUCGCAGUGUUGUCCCUGCAAGACGGCUCGACUCGAAAACUCGAGGUUUCCAACCAAAGUCAAGUCACAUCUUGAGCUUUUUCUUCUUUUUUUUUCUAUUUUUUGGUAAUUCAAAGCUUGCAAAAGUGUAAAAAUGCUAGAAAAUUUUCAAAGGUCACAUGUAUUUUCAACAAUGUUUUGAAAGCUAAACUGCAAACGCAUCAUACGAGCCACCUCAGAUCAGGUUUGGGUGUUACUGUCAAGCUCAAAGUUGUGUUUUUACUGUUUGUACAGGCUGUCGUCUUUUGUACUCCCACUCCUGUGGCUUGUAUAGAGUAGAUUUAUUAAUAUCAGAAAGGCACUGGAUCACACUUGCUUAUGUUCUUAUUCGCUGUU